CGUUCAUCGGUCGGCCCCUUACCCAACAAGAAUCCACCCCCUGUACAUAACCUGGUCAUAUGAUUCUCGGGUUGCGUGUGUUCUGUCAGGUCGUGUUCUUGGCAGGAUUGUUUCGUGCGCUUUCACUGCCGCUUUGUAUACGUAUUAGGACACAUUUAGAUGUAUAUUUGCAAACAGUGCCGCGAUGCAGUACGGACAAAACAUCUCGAUUCCAUAUUCCCAGCCGCAAAGUGAUUUGAAUUUUCUAAAUACCGGUGACCACAAGCCGAAAAUUCAUCCGAAAAUCGAACGAGAUCGGGAAGAAGUAAUAAACCAGCAAAUCCUUCAAAAUGUGAAUCAGUCGUGGCAAACAUUAGCCAACACCGCUAAUACCGUUGACUACUCCUCUCAUCUGCUGUCUGCAACACUGCCAAUUUCAAUACAACACUUCCUCAAAUACUCAGAAACGAUAAAAAAAGAAUCGUCAGGGAUCGUUGCAACACCUCUAAACUCAGGGAAUUUAAAUUUAGGCAAUAUAGAUACCGCAUCCGGAUUUAAUUUAAAAGGUGAAGUUUUGAAAAAUGGCACGAAUUUAAGUUUAGCAUUGGGCGGCGUUGCAUUAGCCAACGCAAAUACAAAUGGCGCUGGCUUGGGAAUGGACACUACAAACGGGACAGCAGGCAAUGGUCAUGUUCAUAAUAUACCGGAAUCAACUACAACUUCAAAUACAGCUACAACGACUACAACAACUAAUGGUAAGAAACCGAAAAAGAAGAAGCCGCCGAAGGAGAAGAAACCCCGUCCAAAACCUGGUGAAAUACGUGAAACUAAGGCUUUAGACGGUUCAACUCUGUUCUGUUGUCCCGAAUGUCAGAUGGCUUACCCGGAUAGAAGUCUUAUUGAACAGCAUGUGAUCUCGCAUGCGGUGGAACGUAGGUUUGUUUGUGACAUUUGCAAUGCAGCGUUGAAACGGAAGGAUCACUUGACCCGACAUAAAUUAUCUCAUAUACCGGAUAGACCUCAUGUGUGUAAUAUUUGUAUGAAAUCCUUCAAACGCAAGGAACAACUCACUUUGCACAUAGUAAUUCACUCAGGCGAAAAGAAACACAUUUGCCAGGAAUGUGGAAAAGGUUUCUAUCGUAAGGAUCACUUACGGAAACACACUCGUUCGCAUAUUGCCCGACGGGUCAAGUCCGAGGUUUCAGCGCAGACAGGAAGCAAUGGCCAGUCGGUUUCAUUACACGCUUCCUGAGGUUCGUAUAAGGACUUUUGGUAGAUUUUGAAGAACAUUCUUCUAAUUGCAGCCUUGAAACAACAGGCUCGCUAGGCGAAAUUUCUUUCGAUUCAAAAAUAAAUUUUUAAAGUGGCUACGCCAUUUUGAAAAAUUGCUUUUGUUUCGAAAAGAAACCAAGCCAUGAAGAAUCUUACAAAGUCUAUCGAAAGUUCUGCUUAAAGUUCAAUUUUUUCCGGAAACAACAGCAAAAGAAAUCAGUCCUACAAAAACGCGCGAAAUAAAAAAAAAACAAAUAUUUAAAUUUAUUUCAACCAAAUUUUUCCAAAAUUUUUAAAUUUUAAUGAAAGAAUGAUGUGAAACAUGGAAAAGCAAUUUUUUUAUAAAACAGAAGAAUGUGUGAGAAGAUAAAUUGAGAGAGACAGAGAGGAAGAAAGAGAGAGAGAAAGAGAAAAAGAAAGGAUUUAAUAUUUUUAUAUAAUUAUUUUUUUAUCAAAAUUCCUCUAAUAUUAGUGCGUAUAAAUAAAUCAAAAUGUUUGGAAUAUUUUUCUAGUGAUUUAGUUUAGAAACAAAAUAUCCAAAAUUUAAACUCCGAUAAUCACCUUCUCAGUUAAUUUGGAAUCUGUUUUUGGUUUCUAAUUCGGGCCUGAAUAUUUUUAGUUUUCAAAUUAAUUUUUGAAUUAUUUUGUAAGUUUUUCUGAAAAUGUGAUUGAAUUGGUCGUUUUCAAAAGAUAUCUGGGCUUUUAUUUGAGCGAAGGUCAUUUUGCUGUGAUGAAAGACGAGUUUUUGUACUAAAAAUAAAAAAAAUAGUGUUCUAUGGAAGCAAUAAUAGUUUACAAACGCAUUUUGUGUAUGAAUGCCAAUGAAAUCGCUUAGAUAGAAGUCCAUCUUUUACUGUAACGCGAUCACUGUGAUCUUGGUAUAUGAGAAUUUUAGUUUUAUGUAAUGAAUUUGUUAAAUAUUUUUAUAAUUUGGUUCCGAAUUAUUUAUCUUACAUUGAAUUUCGUGUUUCGUUCAUAUAUGAUAAGGGGAAUAGGAAAGAGGGUAUGAAACAAAACAAAAAAUAAGAUAAUUUUUUCCAAGUGAGGGAUAAGUUUUUUAUUAUGUUCUUGAUGAAAAACACAAGAAAGUAGGUUGCACAUUGGUUUGUGCAACUAUGAAAAUCGAGUAGCUUAUCUCUGUCAAGUCAAAACCAUUCCAAAAUAUACAAAUUUGCAUUAUUUUUCUACAAGCCUCCAGGCAAAAAACUACAAAAUAUAAUAAUGAAUAAAUACAAAUAAAUUCAUUACCAAACAAAUAUACAAACGCUGUAACAAUACCGUUCAAGAAUUUUUCUUAUUUUGGAAAACAUAUACAGAUGCAAAUAUAUUUAAUAUUAAGAGAGAAUUUAAAUAGUAAGAAGCUUUUAAUUACUCGGUUUUAUCACGACGAUGUUGAUACAUGCAAUUAUCAGUGAAAAAAAGUAAAUGGCAUUAAAUUUAAGAAAAAAUACACUUUUAACAAUAUUUCCAUUUCUUUCGUAAAUAGACCGAUUCAAACAAAGCUACAAAAACAAAAACUACUCAACAAUUUGUUACACAACAAUAAAACAAGAAAAGCAACAAAUUACAAGAUAUUUUUUUGUAAAUUACUAUAUCUUACAAACACAAAAUAGUGAAAACAGAUAAUAUAAAAUUAUGGAUUGAAACAAGACAAAAAUCUACUUGUAAAAGUACAAAUCUUUACAGAAACAAAAAUAAAACUAAGAAUAAUAUUACUAUUAACUAAAUUGUAAUCGUAAAUAUAAAACAAGAAGGAUAUUGUGAACAAAGAACAAACGAAUGAAAAUAUAAACUUAAUAAAUUUUACUGAUAUUAACAGAGGAUUAUCGAAGUAAUUUAACUUGCUAAAAUAAAUCUAGUGGAAACAAAAUAAUUCCAAUUCAUUUUAUAGAGCAAAAUCAUUCUAAACGUCACAAAACUGGAAUAAGGAAAAGCAUCGUUUGUUGAAGUGUUUUAUAGUAGAAUUUGUGGCUUCCAUAAUACAAAAGUGUGAAUAUUAUUGAAUUUAUAUUUAUAUUAUUAACAAUUAUUUAUUGAAUCUGCAAGGAGAGCCAAACAAAAAAAAUGUACCAAUUUUAUUCGAAAAUUCAUACGUGCAAAAGGAGGGAGUCCAUUUUUUUUCAUCAAGUAUAGUCAGGUGGGGUAUCAAAUUAAUGGUCUCGGUUAGUAGUUUUCGAAGCCGGGUUUAGUUUUGAUAUUUGUUGGAAAGGUGGGGAAUUCGGACGGUGGGAAGUAAUCAUUCAUUUAACGGGGCCAUUCUCAGAAACUGCCCAACCGAAAAAUCAGAAAAAAAUCAAGAGGCUGUCACUAUAUGGUGGGUAGGCUCCGAAAUACCUUCCAUACCGA